UAUGCAUCUCUACAACACUCCAAAUAGUGACGCAGCAGCUCAAAACCAAACCAAUUUCACAUGGACUCCUCCAUCUUUCACUCUCCAAUUUCCGAUUUCUCGUCGGAAUCUUCCUUCGGAUCGCCUGAAUCUUUGUACAGCCAAUCCUUUAACCAAUAUCCUCUCCCCUUCAAUGAAAAUGAUUCGGAGGAAAUGCUUCUCUAUGGACUAAUCUCAGAGGCCACACAAGAAACAUCAAAGCUAGCUCUCUGCAAUCGAAUUAUAAAGGAAGAAGAGGUUAGUUCUGUAACCAAAGAAAAUCCCAAGAAAGAGACGAAGUCGUACAGAGGUGUGAGGAGGCGUCCAUGGGGGAAAUUCGCUGCGGAGAUAAGGGACUCUACUAGGCAUGGGAUAAGGGUAUGGUUAGGCACAUUUGAUAGUGCAGAGGCAGCUGCUCUGGCUUAUGACCAAGCUGCUUUUUCAAUGAGAGGAGCUGGGGCUAUACUCAAUUUCCCAGUUGAAAGAGUGAGGGAAUCACUCAAGGACAUGAAGUACAGCCAAGAAGAAGGGUGCUCACCUGUUGUUGCUCUCAAGAGGAAGCACUCCAUGAGAAGAAAAAUGGUGAGCAGAAACAAGAGAGAAAAUGUGGUGGUUUUGGAAGACUUAGGUGCUGAUUACUUGGAGGAGCUUCUGACUUCAUCUGAGAAUUGUUAGACCUUGCUGAACAAUCAAUUAAUAUUUUACUAUUGCAAUUUUUUUUUUCUCCUCCUUUCAGUGGUAGGAUUGAUUUUGAAUAUGGGUGGAUGGGUAUGAUCUUGAUAUCUUUCUUUUUUUCAUUUUAUCCUGUAAAGUUCAUAGGUGUUAAAGAUUGAAGGUAGCACUUAUCCUGUGUGGGUCUCAACCACACUAAACAAGUAUCAAUGAAAUGAUAUGACUAUUAUCUUUCCUAGUA